GUGUCUAUGGGAGGGGCUAGUCACGCCUACAAAGAAAUGGCUUUUCUCAAGAGACUCAAAAAGGAGUACAUGGAAUUAAAGAAAAGCCCUCCACCGGGUGUAGUCUUAGACGACUCUGUACUGGAGAAUAAUAUAACAAAUUGGAUAAUACACAUAUCCGGAGCUGAAGGGACUCUGUAUAGCGGGGAACAAUUUAAACUAAAUAUAAAAUUCAAUGACAAGUACCCAUUUGACUCACCCCAAGUGACAUUCAUCAAGCCAUAUUUACCCGUCCAUCCUCAUGUCUACAGUAACGGUCACAUCUGUUUGUCGAUAUUAGAUAGAGACUGGUCGCCUGCCCUAAACGUCUCAUCAAUUUGCCUCAGUAUACUAAGCAUGCUUAGCUCAUGUACUCAAAAAGUAAAACCAGACGAUGAUUCAAUGUAUAUGAGGUUUGCUCCAUCAAACCCUAAGAAGACCACAUGGGUAUUCCACGAUGACUCUGUUUAAGAAACAAAUAUUACUCAUACUAUUGUUUAUCUGUGUAGUAGCAAUUCAAUAUUCAUUAUUUUAUUUUAUUCUUUUAUAUAUAUAUACAUGUACA